UUAGCGGCUAAUGCUACAACCAGCAGCUCUUAAGGUCAAAGCAGUAAAAGUGGUACAAAUGUUUAUUAACGUCGUUGGUAUGUCCGUGUUGGUACUACAUUGAUUAUUAUUUUGAUUGGCGUCAGCCGGCACCUGCUCCGCGUCGACGACGCAAUUUGGUCACGUCUUGGUCGUCACGGGUGGGGGGUGAGUAGCGUGUUGGACGGGGGCAGUUUUAAGGUUGCCCCGGUGCUUGUGUCAACGAUGUGGGUCGGUGUUGGCGAGUGUACCGUGGUGCCUUCAAGUGUGCCCGUUUUUAUUCAGCCAUUACGAAAGCCACCGCGAUCACUGCCCCCCUGCCCCAUUCCCAAUAAAUAAAUACCCCGACAUUCUUGCCUCUUAUGUCCGUGUCUUUCUACGGUGCAUUCAUUCCAAUUCAUAAAAAAGACAGACACGCGCCAUCGUAGAUUUGAUCUAUUGUGACCAACGUGCCAUGAACGCAUCACGAGCAAGUCGUCAACCUGCUGGGUUUGUGUUGACAUGAAAGUCAUAGUGUGGUGGUGGUAGUAGUACUAGCAGUACUAGCAGUAGUAUCAGUAUGACUAUUACUGAAGAGGCUGAGUGAGAGAACCGAACCGAAGAUGACCCAAAAUGAUGUCAUCGCUAGUGCACGAGAGGCAGGCAGCAGAACCGUGUGCGCGGUAGUAGUUGUAGUAGUAGUGGUAGUAGUACAUCAACGGCGGUAGUAGUUGUUGUAGUGGUAGUAGUACAUCAACGGCGGUAGUAGUUGUUGUUGUAGUGGUGGUAGUACAUCAACGGCGGUAGUAGUUGUUGUAGUGGUGGUAGUACAUCAACGGCGGUAGUAGUUGUUGUUGUAGUGGUGGUAGUACAUCAACGGCGGUAGUCGUUGGUGUAGUAGUACAUCAAUGGGGUAGUAGUUGUAGUACGUCAGUGGUUAAUAGUAGUCUUACAGAAUUUGGUGCUAGUAGUUGAAUUUGGUGGUAGUAGUUGUUGUUGUAGUGGUAGUAGUACAUCAACGGCGGUAGUAGUUGUUGUUGUAGUGGUGGUAGUACAUCAACGGCGGUAGUAGUUGUUGUUGUAGUGGUGGUAGUACAUCAACGGCGGUAGUAGUUGUUGUUGUAGUGGUGGUAGUACAUCAACGGCGGUAGUCGUUGGUGUAGUAGUACAUCAAUGGGGUAGUAGUUGUAGUACGUCAGUGGUUAAUAGUAGUCUUACAGAAUUUGGUGCUAGUAGUUGAAUUUGGUGGUAGUAGUUGUUGUUGUAGUGGUGGUAGUACAUCAACGGCGGUAGUAGUUGUUGUAGUGGUGGUAGUACAUCAACGGCGGUAGUCGUUGGUGUAGUAGUACAUCAAUGGGGUAGUAGUUGUUGUAGUAGUAGUACAUCAAUGGCGGAAGUAGUUGUAGUACGUCAGUGGUUAAUAGUAGUCUUACAGAAUUUGGUGCUAGUAGUAGUACUUUAUUGUUGUCAGCAGUAGUGUCUGUGGUAUUGUAGUACUACUACCGCUACAACAACUACUACCGUGAAUCACCACCUUAUCGUGGUGGAGGGGUUUGUGCCCGAGUGAUCCGAGGAGCUAUGUUGUCUGGGGCUAUAUGCCCCUGGUAGGGUCUCCCAAGGCAAACAGGUCCGAGGUGACGGGACAGACCAAGAGUGAUUCAGAAGACCCUUAUGAACAAGAACAAGAGGAGAAAACGUACCUCGCCCGGAUGUGGGAUACCGGGGCCUCACCCUGGAGCCAGGCCCGGGGGAGGGGCUCGCAGGCGAGCGUCUGGUGGUCGGGCCUUCACCCGUGGAGCCCGGCCGGGCCCAGCCCGAAGAAGCCACACGGGAUCUCCCCCUCGUAGACCCACCACCUACGGGGGCAAGCAUAAGGGUCCGGUGCAAUGUGUGUUGGGUGGCGGUCAAGGGCGGGUGCGUAGGCGACCUGGUCUUCGGCGGCCAAAUCUGGUUCUUGGGACAUGGAAUGUCACUUCGCUGGUGGGGAAGGAACCUGAACUUGUGCGAGAGGUUGAGAUAUUCCGACUAGACAUAGUCGGACUCACCUUGACCCACAGUUUGGGUUCCGGAACCAAACUCCUCGAGAGGGGCUGGACCUUGUUCUACUCUGGAGUUGCUGCAGGGGAGAGGCGGCGAGCUGGUGUGGGCUGGGAACGCCUUGGUGUCCUCCCGGUGGAGCUGGAGGAGGUGGCCGGGGACCGGGAAGUCUGGGCUUCCCUACUAAGACUGCUGCCCCCUAAGCGGAGGAAAAUGAAUGAAUGAAUGAAUGAAUGUUGUACUUCAUUAUUUGUAUUAGUAGGAGUGUAUGUGCUUUUGUAGUUGUAGUAGUAUUUAGUACAUUUUAUUAUCAGUAGUAGUUGUGUGUUCUGUGCUUUAGUAGUUGUAAUUGUUGUACUUUGUAAUAUGUUUAGAAAUAAAUGGCUUAGAACGGUGCAAAGUGAAUUGGUUGGAAGUCGGAUUCUGAAAGGAAAUACACAUUGCUUUGAUGUUGGCAUUGCUUUUAGCAGUAGCAUUAUGAAGGGAAAUAUACAUUGCUUUGAUGUUAGCUUUGCUUUUAGCAGUAGCAUUAUGAAGGAAACAUGUUGCUUUGAUGUUAGCAUUGUUUUUAGCAUGAGCAUUAUAGCAUUGUUUUUAGCAUUAGCAUUAUAAAGAGAAAUGUAAAUUGCCAUAAAGUUAGCUUACUUUUUAGCAUUAGCAUUAUGAAGUCCACCCACAUCAAAUCAAUUAUGUAAAUAAAUCAUAUUUGGUCCUGAAAAUAUAAUGAAAUUAAAAAUAAAAUAAAGUAUUUAAAGUAAAAGUGAAAUGAAAAAUAAGAAUUAAACAUUAAAAAGUAAAUAAGUUUUCUCCCAAGUAAAGCAAACAAAUGAGGGAGAUGCUGGAUGUUUGGAAUGUCACUUCGCUGGUGGGGAAGGAACCUGAACUUGUGCGAGAGGUUGAGAUAUUCCGACUAGACAUAGUCGGACUCACCUUGACCCACAGUUUGGGUUCCGGAACCAAACUCCUCGAGAGGGGCUGGACCUUGUUCUACUCUGGAGUUGCUGCAGGGGAGAGGCGGCGAGCUGGUGUGGGCUUAUUAAUAGCCCCCCGGCUUGGUGCUUCCAUGUUGGAGUCAGCCCCGGUGAACGAGAGGGUCAUUUCCCUACACGUUCGGGCUGGGGAAAGGGUCCUCACUGUCAUUUGUGCGUACGCACCAAAUGGCAGUUCGGAGUACCCGGCCUUCUUGGAGUCCAUCAGAGGGGUGCUGGAGAGCACCCCAGCUGGUGACUCCGUCGUUCCACUGGGAGACUUCAACGCCCAUGUGGGCAAUGACAGUGUGACAUGGAGGGGCGUGAUUGGGAGGAACGGCCUCCCUGAUCUGAACCUGUGCGGUGUGAUGUUAUUGGACUUCUGUGCGAACCACAGUUUGUCCAUAACUAACACCAUGUUCGAACAUAGGGAUGUCCAUAAGUGCGCUUGGCACCAGGACACCCUAGGCCGCAGGUCUGUGAUCGACUUUGUAGUCGUAUCAUCAGACCUGCGUCCGCAUGUUCUGGACACACGGGUGAAGAGAGGGGCUGAGCUGUCAACUGAUCACCACCUGGUGAUGAGUUGGAUUAGAUGGCGGGGGAGGAUGCUGGACAGACCUGGUAGACCCAAACGAGUAGUGAGGGUGUGCUGGGAACGUCUGGCAGAGUCUCCCGUUCGUCGAGUCUUCAACUCUCACCUCCGGCAGAGCUUCUUCACCUGCAUCCCGGGGGAGGACCGGGAUAUUGAGUCCAAAUGGGCCAUAUUCCGUGCCUCCAUUGCUGAGGCAGCUGACCGGAGCUGCAGCCGCAAGGCGGUCGGCGCCAGUCGUGGCGGCAGGCCCCAAACCCGAUGGUGGACACCAGAGGUCAGGGCUGCCGUCAAGCUGAAGAAGGAGUCCUAUCGAGCAUUGAUGGCUUGUGGGACUCCGGAAGCAGCUGACAGGUACCGUCAGGCCAAACGGUUUGCGGCUUUGGCGGUUGUCGAGGCAAAAACUCGGGUGUGGGAGGAAUUUGGUGAGGCCAUGGGGCAUGACUUUCGGUCGGCCUCGAAGAGGUUCUGGCAAACCAUCCGGCGCCUCAGAAAAGGGAAGCAGUGCCCAGUCCACACUGUUUACAGUGGAGACGGGGACCUGCUGACCUCGACUGAGGAUGUAGUCGGACGGUGGAAGGAAUACUUUGAGGCCCUUCUCAAUCCCACUGACAUACCUUCCAUAGAGGAAGCAGAGUCUGAGGACACAUACGUGUCCGGUAUCUGGGGUGGUUAAGACGCUCCUCAGUGGCAAGGCUCCGGGGGUGGACGAGUUCCGCCCAGGAUUCCUCAAGGCUCUGGAUGUUGAGGGACUGUCUUGGCUGACACGUCUCUUCAACAUUGCAUGGAAGUCGGGAACAGUACCUUUUGGAUUGGCAGACCGGGGUGGUGGUCCCCCUUUUCAAGAAGGGUGACCGGAGGGUGUGUUCCAACUACAGGGGGAUCACACUCCUCAGCCUCCCUGGGAAAGUCUAUUCCAAGGUGCUGGAGAGAAGGGUACGACCGUUGGCCGAACCUCUGAUACAAGAGGUCCAAUGCGGUUUUCGUCCUGGUCGUGGAACACUGGACCAGCUCUACACCCUCACGAGGGUGCUUGAGGGUGCAUGGGAGUUUGCCCAACCAGUCUACAUGUGCUUUGUGGACCUGGAAAAGGCAUUUGACCGUGUCCCUCGUAGCGUCCUUUGGGGGGUGCUCCGGGAGUACGUGAUUGGUGGCGCGUUACUACGUGCUAUCCGGUCCUUGUACAAACGGGGCAGGAGUCUGGUUCGCAUUGCCAGUAGUAAGUCGAGCCUGUUUCCGGUAAACGUUGGUCUCCGCCAAGGCUGCCCUUUGUCACAAUUUUCAUGGACAGAAUUUCUAGGCGCAGCCAAGGUGUUGAGGGAGUCCAGUUCGGGGGCUUUAGAAUCUCAUCUCUGCUAUUUGCAGAUGAUGUGGUUCUUAUGGCUUCUUCGGGCUGUGACCUUCAGCGUUUCCUGGGACGGUUUGUAUCUGAGUGUGAAGCGUCUGGGAUGAGACUCAGUACCUCCAAAUCAGAGGCCAUGGUUCUCAGUCGGAAAAGGGUGGAGUGCUCCCUCCGGGUUGGGAAUGAGGUCCUGCCCCAGGUGGAGGAGUUUAAGUAUCUCGGGGUCUUGUUCACGAGUGAGGGAAAGUGGGAGCGUGAGGUCGACAAACGGAUCGGUGCAGCCUCAGCAGUAAUGCGGUCGCUGUACCGGACCGUCGUGGUGAAAAGAGAGCUGAGCCGGAGGGCAAAGCUCUCAAUUUACCGGUCGAUCUAUGUUCCCACCCUCACCUAUGGUCAUGAGCUUUGGGUCAUGGCCGAAAGAAUGAGAUCGCGGAUACAGGCGGCUGAAAUGAGUUUCCUCCGUAGGGUCGCUGGACUCACCCUAAGAGAUAGGGUGAGGAGCUCAGCCAUCCGGGAGGCGCUCAGAGUAGAGCCGCUUCUCCUUCACAUCGAGAGGAGUCAGUUGAGGUGGCUUGGGCAUCUAGUCCGGAUGCCUCCCGGAAGCCUCCCUGGUGAGGUGUUCCGGGCAUGCCCAGCCGGGAAAAGGCCCUGGGGCAGACCUAGGACACGCUGGAGGGACUAUGUCUCACAGCUGGCCUGGGAACGCCUUGGUGUUCUCCCGGUGGAGCUGGAGGAGGUGGCCGGGGACCGGGAAGUCUGGGCUUCCCUACUAAGACUGCUGCCCCCUAAGCGGAGGAAAAUGAAUGAAUGAAUGAAUGAAUGUUGUACUUCAUUAUUUGUAUUAGUAGGGGUGUAUGUGCUUUUGUAGUUGUAGUAGUAUUUAGUACAUUUUAUUAUCAGUAGUAGUUGUGUGUUCUGUGCUUUAGUAGUUGUAAUUGUUGUACUUUGUAAUAUGUUUAGAAAUAAAUGGCUUAGAACGGUGCAAAGUGAUUUGGUUGGAAGUCGGAUUCUGAAAGGAAAUACACAUUGCUUUUAGCAGUAGCAUUAUGAAGGGAAAUAUACAUUGCUUUGAUGUUAGCUUUGCUUUUAGCAGUAGCAUUAUGAAGGAAACAUGUUGCUUUGAUGUUAGCAUUGUUUUUAGCAUGAGCAUUAUAGCAUUGUUUUUAGCAUUAGCAUUAUAAAGAGAAAUGUAAAUUGCCAUAAAGUUAGCUUACUUUUUAGCAUUAGCAUUAUGAAGUCCACCCACAUCAAAUCAAUUAUGUAAAUAAAUCAUAUUUGGUCCUGAAAAUAUAAUGAAAUUAAAAAUAAAAUAAAGUAUUUAAAGUAAAAGUGAAAUGAAAAAUAAGAAUUAAACAUUAAAAAGUAAAUAAGUUUUCUCCCAAGUAAAGCAAACAAAUGAGGGAGAUGCCGGAUGUUUUUCACGUUUGGUGCUCCUAAACAGGCUCUCGGCACACACAUGACAUUUCAGAUUGUGUAGCGAAGCCUGUUUUUGUACAGUUGUGUGAAAAACAGAGUUUUGAGUGAGGGGGCUGUGAGCGUUUGCUGACUCGGGGCUCCUUUUACACUUAUCGUGUCUUUGUUCCGUCAUGCGUGUGCUUUCAUCCACCCUCACCUAUAUUUAGUGGGAAAGCGCGCCAGGGAGCAGAAUGUCACCCGCUUCCUCAUUAGCGUUGGAAUGUAGGGCAGGUCACUCCUCGCCACUUGGCAUAUUUUUUCGGUAAAUGUUUGACUCAGGCAUCAGCGGGCAGAUUCCUCAGACUGCUCAGAGCGUACGGGAGGUGUUUUUUUACCGCUAGCGUGACAAUUGCAGGGUGAGAGGGGGUUCGGAUAAAAGGUAUCUGUUGUGCGUGAAGCCCCACGAGCGUGCCAUCACCACUGCCUGCUUCUGUGUCCUGCCUUUAAAGGUGGCCUGUUACUCGUCAAUCCCGUGCUAACACUGUGUAUGUGGCUACGAGCGCCAAGUUUGAGAAAAAGCCAACAUCUGCCACGCUUUUCUUUCAGAGACUGGGCACUGAAACAUUGGCUGCUGAAGCUGCACAAUAAAACAGGCUUUGCUACACGUCUUGACAUUUUCUACUGUCACGCUUUGCGUGUAAACAUGGCGUGAAUAGUUAAUUAAGCUGUAGCUCUGCCAACCAUCCAUCAGUCUGUUAUUCUAACCUCGCUAACCUACUAUGACCCUGUUGCUAAAAUGUGAGCAUAUUGUUAGCGCUUUAGCUCACAUGGCUAGCUAGCAUUGCGAGGGCUCACUAAAAGCACAUUCAAAUGAUCUAAAGUCAAUUCAAAUAAAAAUUGUGUUAAAUGAAUAGCAAUAAAUCAUAAAACAAAACAAUCAAACUUAAAAUGAAAUUAAAGGAAAAAAACAACUGAAAUAAAUCUGAUCCAACAGACAGAAAAUAAUACUUCCCAUUUCGGCUGAUGAUCCCAAUGUUCUUAACAUGGCAUGAUGUUCUUCGAAAAUCUGCCUUUUUGUGUCUGUGUGUUGUUUUUUUUUGUCUUUUUUUUCCACCGUGUGGCCACAGCAGCAGAGCGUAUGAAAUACGAAGGCGCUCCUGUCGGGCUUAAUGUUGUGCACUGAGUGGUUAGCGCGCAGACCUCACAGCUAGGAGACCAGGGUUCAAUUCCACCCUCUGCCAUCUCUGUGUGGAGUUUGCAUGUUCUCCAGUCGACCAGUCCAGGGUGUACCCCCAUAGACAGCUCUCACCCAUAGACAGCUGGGAUAGGCUCCAGCACCCCCGGAACCCUCGUGAAUGUUACACAUGACAAGUGGUUUUGGCCCCCGCCUCUCCUCCACCAGCUUUCAUGCUCAUUUCAGACGGCGGCCCGACAGGGGCCCAGCAUCGUUAGCCAAGCUGACAUCUUCCUCCGCUGGCCAUCAAGGCGACUUUGGAGCGCCGAUAUCACGUCCCUGGAAGGCCCAUCCGCUCACGGUCGCCUGAAGGAUGACUCGAGGGGUGGAAGUCGACAGCGCUUGCUAACGGAUGGGCUUGUAAAAACGGCAGCUCAUUCUUGGCCACGCUAACCCUCGUCAUCAUCAGAGGCAUUUUAGCGUUGUGCCCACUGCCCCCACAGACAACCCCCCCGCGCCACUUAGGGUUGCCUUGCGUCUUGGGGGGCCAAUACCCCACUGCCCCCACCGACCAGAACUCCUGCAUCACUCCAGGUUACUGGUGUGUGUCUGUCUGUGAGAGAGAGAGAGAGUGAGUGACAGGAUGAAAAGCCCAAAGCUCUGUCUCAAUUUGCAUAUAAAUCUCUCGACCCCAUGAAUACGCUCAAUCAAUGUAUAUUAACGUAGGGCUUUAUCCCUCCAUGUUACUGGUCUGUGAGUGGCAGGAAGAAAAGCUCUGAUUCUUCGUUUACUUGAUUUUUUUUGCAGGCCUUUUUAGCUGAAUUUAUAUACAUUACUAGUGUGUGUUUGUCAGUGAUAGUAAGAAAAGCUCUGAUUUGUGGUUUGUGUAUAAAUCUGUAGACUCUUUACUUGGGGUGGAAAUACUGCUUCAUCUCUUCAGAUUGCUGGUGUGUGUGUGUGCACAUGUGUGUGUGUGUGUGUGUGUGCACGCGUGUGUGUGUGUGAGACAUAGAGAGUGACAGGAAGGAAAGCUCAAAAUCCCGACUCCAUAUAUAAAUCUGUUGGCUUCACAUAAGCUGACACCACUGUUUCAGACCUUUUUCUUGGAAAAAAAUCAGCUGCAUCUCUCCAGAUUACUGGUGUUGUGGGAGCGUCAGGAAGAGAAGCUCUGAUUUCAGAUUAGUUUUUUUUGGAUGAAUGUUUAGACCCUGCAUGUAAGAGACCCUUUUUCUUGGAAAAAAAGCAGCUGCUUCUCUCCAGGUAACUUGUGUAGGUGUAGGUGUGUGUGAGUGACGAGAAGAAACGCUCUGGUUUGGCUGGUUUGCCUGUAUAAAUGUCUAGAUGCCGCACAUAAGACGACACCACUUUGUCUCUGAAAACAUCCAGCAGCAUUCCUCCGGGUUAUGAGUGUGUGUGAGUGUCAGGAAGAAAGGCUCUGACUGGCAGUGGCUGAUGCUGAAGCUGACGUUGGCCAAUCAGAAGCCAGGAAAGGCAGGUGUUUCCCGGUAAUGAAAGCUUGUGUUAGCUCGAUAGAGAAGACAGACGGAUGCUGUGAUCUGUGAGUGCUGGCCACCAACCGUGGCGUGGAAGCCGGUCUGCAGUGGAGGCUUCUGGCAAGGAUCGCCGUGAGCAUGACAUCAGCGCUUGAUGACGCCUCGUCUGUUGGCUUAUCAGCGGGAAAGUAGGCCUCCACGCCGCACGCCUCUAAUGCUGCCACUGGCAGCCUCCAUUGGGUCAAGUGGAGAUUUGUCUCUGAUCGUCUGUACGUGUGUGUGUGUGUGUGUAUGCAUGUGUGCGUGUCGGGGGAGGUUGUGUCACCAGCCAGCAGUGAUUUAUUUAUUUUUGGGGUAUUUAAGUCUGUGUCUGGCCUGGUAUGUUAACCACAGGAUUUCCCGCCAAGCGUGGUCCAACGCCAAGGCUAACGGCUCAUGAACGAUGAACGACGCCCCCUCCCGCCUUCAUCAGUAAUUUCCAGAAUAUAAUCCACAUCAGCUUUUUGCACUGAAUUGUUCUUACACUGGGGCGGCACGGCUGUCUAGUGGUUAGCGCGCAGACCUCACAGCUAGGAGACCAGGGUUCAAUUCCACCCUCGGGCCAUCUCUGUGUGGAGUUUGCAUGUUCUCCCCGUGCAUGCGUGGGUUUUCUCCGGGUACUCUGGUUUCUUCCCACAUUCCAAAAACAUGCUGGGUUAAUUGGCGACUCCAAAUUGUUCAUGGGUAUGAAUGUGAGUGUGAAUGGUUGUUUGUCUAUAUGUGCCCUGUGAUUGGCUGGCCACCAGUCCAGGGUGUACCCCGCCUCACGCCCGAAGACAGCUGGGGUAGGUUCCAGCAACCCAGCAUACCUUGUGAGGAAAAGUGGUAGAAAAUGAAUGAAUGUUCUUACACUGACUUUUCCUAAAGCCAAUUUCAUAAUAAUUUCCCUUUUAAUGCAAAAUACAUCAAUUCAGAAUGGAAAAAAAUCAACUUUUAUCUUUUAAGCGUUAAGAGUGCUUUAUUUUUAUUUACGCUAUUUCAUUCUUCAUAUCCUCAUGAGGGUCACGGGGGUGCUGGAGCCUAUCCCAGCUGUCUUGGGGAGAGAUGGGACGCUAAUAACGCUAAUGUGGGAGGAAAGCGGAGUACCCGGAGAAAAGCCACGCAUGCACAGGGAGAACAUGCAAACUGCUAUUUUUUCCAUUUGAAUUAGUAUUUUCAUUCAUUUGAAAUUGUUUUCAUUUUUUUUUCAUGUAUUUUUCCCGAAACUUUCCAUCACCUAAUUUGUCAACAAACGUCGACCUCCUGAGGAAGACAUGCCAAUUCUUUGGAUUCAUUUUUUUUUUAUUUUAAUGUGGAUUUAUUUUUCUAUUUUUAUUGAUUUACUUCCUCUGAAACUUUAGAAACAAACAUGGUCUUCGGGAGGAAGCCAUUUUGUGUGCCGGUUGUCCAAGCGCUCCAAAGGUGAGGUGACGAAGAACCAUGGAGCACACCGAAGACCUCAUCAGCAACCUGAAACCUUUGAUAAGUCGAAAGCUUUGCCACAGACCUCUGUGGCGGCACCGUGGCUGCACCGUGGCUGCUCGUAGCAUGCGCCUGAAUACAGUGCACCUUGCUGGGCCACAGCAAGGGGCUCCUCCCCCAACAGCCUCCUUUUCAACGAUUUCAACGGAAUGAGAUUUCCGAAGGGUUUUCAAGUUAAGGUUCGUGUCUCAGUCGUACGUCCACAUGCAGAAGGAGCAGCGGUGCAGCGUGGGGGGGGCGGGGUGGUGAACUCGAAGGACCAGUCAGGACCAAGCGGGCGAGUGGCCUCGGCAGAUGCGGCGUGGGGCCGCCAUUGUGUCGAGCUGGCGGAUGGGCCCCACCCGUCACUUUGCACAUACUUGCUUGACCAGAAGCGGGACUGAUGUUAUUACAGGCUUCCACGUGGCCAGGGGGGGAGGUCAGAUGUGCAGGGAAGCAGCUUUCAUGCAACACAUGCUCAUCUUUUUAUUGCUCUAUUGGCCUCUUUUGCUCCGUUCUUCUAUUUUUCUUUUGACUUUACUUUGCUGGGUCUUGCUUGCAUUUAGCCAAUCUUGCCUUUCUUGCCUUUCUUCUGUUUUCCUAUUUAUGCUGUUUUUCUUGUUUGUCUGUUUUUGACCAUUUCUGAGGUUUUGGGUUUUUUGUUUCUGCCAGUUGUUGCCAUUUGCAACAUUUUUGGGGCAAAAUUUGCCUUUGAUUCUACUUUUUGUUCAAAGUGUGCCGUUUUCCAACCGGACCAGUUAAAAGUAGUAUUUUUAUUUCCAAUGUAUUGACUGGUCUUCAUUUUAGCCAGCAGCACAAAUAAACAAAAGCUUUUAGACUGAAAAGCACGUCACAUUUUCUAUAGUUCUCACGCUUUUUUUGCUUCCUCCUUUUUUCUGUGUGGCAAAUAGAAAAAGAAGCGAUGCUGUUACUAAUUCAUGAACAUUCAAGAAGAAAUAUUUGCAAUAUAAAGAUGCAGUGAAUGAAUUAUUGAUCCGAAGAACACAAAGAAGCUUUCCUUUUCUACUUUGCUACCAGCCUAUCAGCGCUGCUGGGAUGAUAUCAGUAAUAUGACAAUAAAUCUAUGAUCGCAUGGUUGUCCUUUAAAGAGGCCCACAGCGGAAGCGCUACUUUGACUUUCUUACUUCAGUUAUCAUGUGGAGUGCAUGGGAAAGUGGAAAAGAAGUGAGAGUACCUGUUGAUGAGUCCUAAUGAAAUACCCUGACAUGCCUACUAGCACGUUAGCACCACCAGGAGAACCAGAGUAUAGAGGGGGCGGAGCCACCUGCUGUGGCCUGGCAAGUUGCACUGUAUUCAGGCGCACGCUCCGAGCAGCCGUUGUGACGCCACAGAGGUCUCGGCAAACCUUUUGCAGCGCUGGCCUUUUGGUGGCUGUAUUUUACGCUUUUGGGGGUUACAUUUUCCCUUUUCUGUUUCCUCACAAUAUGUAGCUGCGGGUCAACUAAAAGGAAGGAAACGGUUAAAACGGUGUAAAAGAGUGAACUGUAAGUUGAUGAAUGAGUCCUUUCUGUUUUUGAUGCUCAAAUGGCAAUGAGUAAUGGAGCUAAACAAGCUGACUUUACAGUCUGUUGUGUCUGUGAUGAGUCACAUGUAGGUGUUGUGCAAGUGUGGUUGUGCUAUGUGAGUGCGGUCACAUGUAGGUGUUGUGCAAGUGUGGUUGUGCUAUGCGAGUGCCGUCACAUGUAGGUGUUGUGCUAGUGUGGUUGUGCUAUGUGAGUGCAGUCACAUGUAGGUGUUGUGCAAGUGUGGUUGUUCUAUGUGAGUGCGGUCACAUGUAGGUUUUUGUGCAAGUGUGGUUGUGCUACGUGAGUGCGGUCACAUGUAGGUGUUGUGCAAGUGUGGUUGUGCUAUGUGAGUGCGGUCACAUGUAGGUGUUGUGCUGUGUGAGCGCGGUUACAUGUAAGUGUUGUGCAGUGGUUGUGCUAUGUGAGUGCGGUCACAUGUAGGUGUUGUGCUAUGUGAGUGCGGUCACAUGUAGGUGUUGUGCUAUGUGAGUGUAGUCACCAAGCAGCACGGAAUGUGGGCUUUCUAGCGAUAAAGGUGUGACAUCGUGGUCGUGCUUUUGCAAUCCAAAGGAAAGGCUUCCGCCAUGACAGCGUUGCUGUGACUACGCCUGAUUAAUCUUUCUGCUGCUCUUGAUUAGAAAAUCCGUCGGGGCUUUAGAGCGGGACGAGACGUCCAGCGGCCAGAUCAUCCGCCGGUGGAAAGACGACGUUGGCGUGCACACGUGUCUGUGGACAUGUAUGAACGCUGUCACGCGUGUUGUGUUGAAGAGGAUUUGACCAGCAGCCUUUGUUGGCAUGUAGGCAAGGCUUCCGUCCCCUCUUAAGACGCACCAGCGUCAGGCCGCCGUUUUUAAUGCCGGAGCUUAAAGCCUCGCCGUGACUACGCUGCUGAAAAUGCUGCUUGCGUCAUGCAGAUUUCUGAUAAAUAACAUCCUUUUCAUUCCAUUUUCAGCAUUUGGUAGUAGUACUAGUACUAAUACUAGUAGUAGGAUUAGUAGUAGUAGUAGUGUGAUGUCAGCAAGGCUACAUGCAGGAUGUAGGAUCCUCGGAUGCUUUUUUUCCUUUGUCCUCUGACACAAACAGCAAAUGCACACGCAAUAUAGAGGACUCCUUGACUGUUUUUGCAGAUUGUGUCUGCCAAUUUGACUAUUUUGGAAUGUUUUCGAGCAGGUCCUCAAAAACGUCAGUACUCAUGCAAUAUAGACAAUCUUUGAUUGUUUUUGCACAGUAUGCCUGCCAAUGUAAUGAUUUUUCUUGCAGUGGGUUCUCAUAAAACAGCAGAGUGCUGAUGUUAUAUAGAGGAUCUUUGGCUGCUUUGGCAGUAGGUCUUCAAGAACAGCAGAGUGCUGAUGUAAUUGGAGGAUCUUUGGCGUUUUGGCAGCUCUCCUCGAGGUCGUCAUGCUGAAAAGUAGAGAAUGUUGGACUGUGGGUCGAGAGCAGCGGACGUCAUCCGGAGGCUGGAUGCCCCUGCUGCCGGCAGGAGGUAGUGCACACAGCCGGCUGUGUGGGCUCCGUGAUAACGAAAUCUAUGACUUGAAUGUUCU